GGGAGACUUGUGAAAGUCUACUCUAAAGUCCCUUCCUUCCCCUUUCCCCUUAUUGCUUGCGCGUUCACCUUCGCUCUAUAUACCAAUCUCUCUCUGGUCAAUCAAACGCAUUCGUCUUCUCUCUCUCUCUUUGUCUCCUUUCUCUGUUCAUCUUUCUCCCAUGGCUUCCGAUCUCGAAGCCAAAGCCAAAGAGGCCUUCGUGGAAGACCACUUUGAACUAGCGGUGGAGCUUCUCACUCAGGCCAUUGAUGUCGACCCCAAGCAUGCCGAACUCUAUGCAGACCGUGCCCAGGCGAACAUCAAACUCAUCAACUUCACCGAGGCUAUUGCUGAUGCAAACAAAGCAAUUGAGUUGAAUCCUUCUCUAUCAAAGGCAUAUUUGCGCAAAGGUACUGCAUGCAUGAAACUUGAGGAAUACCAGACUGCUAAGACUGCUCUGGAGAUGGGUGCUACAUUGUCUACAGACAAAUCAAGAUUUCUAAAUUUGAUCAAAGAAUGUGAUAAACUCAUUGCAGAAGAAUCUUAUCCGAUGCCUAUACAGGAAAAGGCCACAACACUGGAUGCAUCUCCAAAAGAUGUUCAGCCGGAUAAAGAUCUUACAGAGCAGCCAAUAGUAGCAGUGGCUAAACCUAAAUAUAGGCAUGAAUUCUACCAGAAACCGGAUGAAGUGGUUGUAACCAUAUUUGCAAAGGGCGUAUCAAAGGAAAGCAUUACUGUUGAUUUUGGUGAACAAAUAUUAAGUGUUAGCAUUAAUGUCCCUGGAGAAGAUGCAUAUACUUUUCAGCCUCGCUUAUUUGGAAAGAUCAUAUCUUCCAGAUGCCGGUAUGAAGUUUUGUCCACCAAAAUUGAAAUUCGCCUAGGGAAAGCAGAACCUAUUCACUGGAAUUCACUAGAAUUCACCAGAGAGGUUGCAGUUGCACAGAGGGCUAAUAUUUCUUCUGUUAUUGGAAGUCAAAGACCUACUUACCCAUCCUCAAAACCAAAAAAAGAUUGGGAUAAGCUUGAAGCGCAAGUUAAAAAAGAGGAGAAGGACGAAAAACUUGAUGGUGAUGCAGCGCUCAACAAAUUUUUCCGGGAAAUAUAUCAAGAUGCAGAUGAGGAUACAAGAAGGGCAAUGAAAAAGUCAUUUGUGGAGUCUAAUGGAACAGUACUGUCAACAAACUGGAAAGAAGUGGGAACAAAGAAGGUAGAGGGAAGUCCUCCUGAUGGCAUGGAAUUGAGGAAAUGGGAAUAUUAAUAUACUUUUCAAAUCAAUGUCAAUAUAUCAUCAUAUAUAUUUUGGUGUGGAUCUUUGGAUGCUUCAUUUUGGUUAGAUAACUGUUGAACAAAUAGGAAUACCUACUUUAACUGCUAAGACCUUACUUUUCUUGACUGAAGUUUGUUUGUCAUUGGUGAAUAUAAUAAUGCAUGCUCUGUUUUGAUUUUC